CUCAGUGCGAGCAGCGGUGGGGCGAGCAGGGAGAGCGGGCAGGCGCGGGUCGCGGACGGCGGCAAGAUGUUCAGCUGGAUGGGGCGGCAGGCGGGCGGGCGCGAGCGCGCGGGCGGAGCGGAUGCGGUACAGACUGUGACCGGCGGCCUGCGCUCACUCUAUUUGCGCAAGGUGCUGCCGCUGGAGGAGGCGUACCGCUUCCACGAGUUCCACUCGCCCGCGCUGGAGGACGCCGACUUCGAGAACAAGCCCAUGAUCCUGCUGGUGGGCCAGUACAGCACGGGGAAGACCACCUUCAUCAGAUACUUACUGGAGCAAGACUUCCCAGGCAUGAGGAUUGGUCCAGAGCCCACCACCGAUUCCUUCAUCGCUGUGAUGUAUGGGGAGACCGAGGGCAGCACCCCAGGGAACGCAUUAGUAGUGGACCCCAAAAAGCCAUUUCGAAAGCUUAGUCGCUUUGGAAAUGCUUUCCUGAAUCGGUUCAUGUGCUCCCAGCUGCCCAAUCAGGUCCUGAAGAGCAUCAGCAUCAUUGACAGCCCAGGCAUCCUGUCUGGGGAGAAGCAGCGCAUCAGCCGAGGCUAUGACUUCUGCCAGGUCCUGCAGUGGUUCGCUGAGCGGGUCGACAGGAUCAUCCUGCUCUUCGAUGCUCACAAACUGGACAUCUCAGACGAGUUCUCUGAGGCCAUCAAGGCCUUCCGGGGCCAGGAUGACAAGAUCCGCGUAGUGCUGAACAAGGCCGACCAAGUGGACACACAGCAGCUGAUGCGUGUUUACGGGGCCCUCAUGUGGUCCCUAGGCAAGGUCAUCAACACUCCCGAGGUGCUGCGUGUCUACAUUGGCUCCUUCUGGGCGCAGCCCCUGCAGAACACUGACAACCGCCGGCUAUUCGAGGCCGAGGCCCAGGACCUCUUCAGAGACAUCCAGAGUCUUCCUCAGAAGGCAGCAGUGCGCAAACUCAAUGACCUCAUCAAGCGAGCGAGGCUGGCCAAGGUACAUGCCUACAUCAUCAGCUACCUGAAGAAAGAGAUGCCGAGUGUAUUUGGGAAGGAAAACAAAAAGAGAGAGCUUAUCAGCAGAUUGCCAGAAAUCUACAUUCAACUGCAACGAGAAUACCAGAUUUCUGCAGGCGACUUCCCGGAGGUCAAGGCAAUGCAGGAACAGCUUGAGAACUACGACUUCACCAAAUUCCACUCACUGAAACCCAAGUUGAUCGAGGCCGUGGAUAACAUGCUGAGCAACAAGAUCUCGUCUCUGAUGAACCUCAUCAGCCAGGAGGAGAUAAGCAUGCCCACACAGCUCGUGCAGGGCGGUGCCUUCGACGGCACCACCGAGGGCCCCUUCAACCAGGGCUACGGGGAGGGCGCCAAGGAGGGGGCCGAUGAGGAGGAGUGGGUUGUGGCCAAAGACAAGCCCGUCUACGAUGAGCUUUUCUACACCCUGUCGCCCAUCAAUGGCAAGAUAUCGGGCGUCAACGCCAAGAAGGAGAUGGUGACCUCCAAGCUGCCCAACAGCGUCCUGGGCAAAAUCUGGAAGCUGGCCGACUGUGACUGCGACGGCAUGCUGGACGAGGAGGAGUUCGCGCUGGCCAAGCACCUCAUCAAGAUCAAGCUCGAUGGCUUUGAGCUGCCCAACAGCCUGCCCUCCCACCUUGUGCCCCCCUCCCACAGGAAGUCCCUGCCCAAGGCCGACUGAGGGGCAGGCGGUGUAAGGUGAGGAUUGGAGGGCCUGGGCUGCAGCCUGCGCUGCCACUGACUCACCGAGCAAUGCUGGGCAAGGCACUGCCCUCUCUGUGCCUCAGUUUCUCCAUCUGCGGAAUGGGGAGGGCAGACAUUAGACACUAGAUGGGGUUCUUUUCCCUCUAAAAUUCCCUGAGUUUCUGUUCAUAUACUGAGGGGAGGGUGGACAAGGGGAUUGAAGAUUUGAGAAGAAAGAGAAAUUGCCCAAAGAGUACUCAGAAGCUGCAGAGACAGACAUGGGGGUGGGCUUCGUGCAGUCCCAGGAGCCGCAGGAGGGAGCUGGGGGCUCUUCUGGGCUUCGCCGGACUCCUCUUCCUCAUGCACCUGCCUAGAGCCUCUGUCUGUCCCUCAGACGGCACCGGAAGGAAGCAAAGCUCGUCUUACUUAUUUUGUUUCCUACUCUAUUUAGAAGGGAAACAAAAUAGAGCAGAGAGGGUGUCUGUUCUCUCCAAACCAUCUGCCAAAGAGAAGACUGCUGCCCCGAGGUCUGAAAGGAGGAUACAUGUGUCUGUGUGUGCCCCUGACCUUUCUGCAGGGGUCCCCCACAACGGCAGCCAGGUCAGCAAAGUGCAGAUGUCCCAGCUCCCCACUGACUAGCUUCCCAGGGCCAUCCCCCCAACCCCAGGGCCUUCGCAAAAAAGUUGUAUUUGGUUAGGAAUUUAGAACUCACAAUAUUUAUUAACCCCUGGCAAGAUUUCUAGUAUUCAUUCCAAGUCUUGUUGAGGUUUGAAGAUUAGCUGUUCUUACUGGUUUGUUCAAUAAUUUGUAGCAAAGUCUAUUUAUCCUUCUUAAAUCACUGUGAGGAAAAGAGGCAGUCCUCCUCUAUCAUCAGUUAGUGUGGUUACGUGUCCCCAAGGCUCCUUGGUCAAUGGCAGGAUUGAAAUUCACCACAAAAAUGUGUCUUGGUGCACACAGCAUCCUGGACCUGUGGACACAGCAGGAAGAGGGGCCAGCCUGCCCCAGGCUGUCAGGUAGAAGAAUCAGUCUACUAGUGUUACACACUAUUUUUAUAAAAAAUAGGUAUUUUUAUUGUGUUCAAUUUUGCUUUCUUACAGGAUAAAAGCCUUUAUACAGAAAUAGGAUGGAAUCUUCCAUUAAAAAAAACCUUUCCUUCAAGGGCUGUGUGUUUUGUAUUAUGAAUGCCCAUCAUGAGGCAGCAUUUGGGCACACUCCCCAACCCUGGCUCCUGCACCCCCCAUAAAGCUCUCUGGACCACUCGCUCAGAUGCCUGUGCCAGGUGGAAAUGGUUACUGCUCACUGCACCCUCCCUGCCAUGUGGGCUCCAGCUUGGGAAGGCAGCCUGGGGGCUCAUUUCCUCCAUAGUUAUGCAAUAAAGGAGAAAGACACAAAAUAGUGGUGGCUGUGAGGUCUGGGGCCCUGCAGACAGUGGAAAUGAAUGAAAUCGGAACAGUCCCACCUGAGCCUUCCAAAAACCAGAUUUUUUUUCUGAAAUCACCUGUAACAUCAGUGUCCGAACUGCAGACUGAGGGGAAAAUGUUUAUUUUAGAGAAGUAGCCAGGUGCCAGCCCUUGUGCUCUCUAGCUUACUUUCUAAAUAAUGUCGUUUUAAGAGAACUAAAUGCAUAAUAUGGCUUUUAAUCUGAAUGAGCACUUUUAUAUUAGACACAUAAAAAAGGGACGUCUAUAAUUACAGUUCUGUGAUAUGAGCAGAUAGUUCUGUGAGCACAUGAGGGCUGCCAACGGUGCAAGCUCAGGCCAGUCCUGCCAGGGUGAAAACAGAGAGAGAAGAAGACAGAGUUCAUUUGUCCAAAGGUUUAGAGAUGCCAAGGUUAGCUGGUUUUCCAUUCAGAUUUAUCCUGCUGCUUUAACUCUGCUCAGUUGUCAUAUAUGAAGACAAAUAUAUAUACAUAUAUAUGUCACAUGAGUAUGUAUUUUUGACACUUGUCAAUGUGCAUGUAUGCAGAUAGGGCCAGGUGUUGUCUAUUUAGAGACAGACAGGAAAACUGUUUUCGAGGUUUGUGGUUUCUAUGGGAAGGAACCUUCUCAUGGCAUUGUGAUCCCAUCCCCCAGACCCUCAGGUGGGAGAACAUCCGCAGCCGAAUCCUUUCCCUGCUGAGAAAAAAAGGAAAUCACAUGUUCUUAAUAUCUUCUUUUACAACAUGAAAUUAUUCAUCAUGAAAAGUGGACUGGCAAGAAAAACGCUGGAAAACAUCAAUGAUGGGGACUCGUGAGAACUCACACAAAGUUCCCUGAGUCUGGGUCCAAACGCCCAUCCUCCGACCCGCAGUGCAGCAGGGCCGCAGAACACAGAGCCCCCAGGACCUCUUCACCUUGACUGACUACAUCACCCUCCCUGAGUCCCACAGACUUCAAAUUAGGCACUCCGUAAAGUGUUUAUGGAUUGGGCAGGGGGUGGAAGUAGGUAAACUCUAGCACUAUGAAACUAUUUUCAUGCUCUCCAUGAUUCCACAGAAGGAAAUCUAAGAAUCUUGAAUCCUGAAAUCUCUAUUUUCUACACGGCACAUAAUAGCACCUAAUACAGCCUCUAGAGUCUUGAGUUUAGGGGAGGAAAAUGAAAUGUUCAGCCUUCUCUUCCCAAAGUCAGCUUCCAGGCAGUAAGCCUGCUGAGGAGGCCCUCCUGAGCCAGUCUGUAAAGAAACUGCCCUGAGACCUGCUGACCCUCACCAGCUCCGUGACCACGUGCACACGUGCCAGCUGCCUUGGCCUUGGACUCUAGCCCACUGUCUCAACUCUCUCCACAUACCCAGAUGACCCAGGGUAGGGUCACUCCUCGAGGCAGGUGGCCCUUCACUGAGUGGGCCGUCACUUCCCCAGGGCUGGGUGGGUUCUCUUUGUCACCAUUCAGCAACAGUGUCCUUGAGCCGGGGGUUGUGCUUCCUCCUACCGGGUAAUGCGCCUAUGUAUCAUGGGACUGGCGUCCGGUUGGGUCGGAGAGGAGUGAGGAGAAGCAGAAUGCCUCCUGCUCUCCCACCGAGCCCCCUUCAUGGCCAUCCCGCAGAAGAGGCCUCAGUAGAGCCCUGGCCCCACCACCCCUGACAGCCGUCCUUUCCUGUGAUGAUCCAGGUCUCCUUGGGAGCCGCCUGUCCACCACCCUGGGAAUGUCUCAUACUGGAGUCUACCCGCCAGGGUAGGGGUUAACCACCGGAGUCAUGGCUUGGCGACUGCCGCUGGGCCCGUUCCACUUGGCACCAUCACACUCCUGUGUUAUACCCAGAGCAAAACCCCAGACAGAUUGCCUUGACUAUAAGGAAAACAUCUAACAGAUACUGUUUAUUUCCUCCAAGGAAUGUAGCAGAAGAAUUAAUAUUCUUAGGACAGAUAACCACUGAGUUUAUUCAAGGAAACAUGGGCCUAAUUUAAGAGUGUAUCAGGUUAUAUGUUAGUCAGCAGUUAAUACACAGUGCUUCUAUUUUUUGUAAUCUUGUUUUGAAGUGUCAAAAAAGACACGAUCUACUGAUCAAUAAACUUCUGAAAAAAACCA